CUACAACCAGCAUAUAUUACAGAGCUCUGGAUGAGUUAAAAAAUAACCGAUCGUUCACAAAUCACACCUCACUGUUACGUUGUUCCAGAUGUGAAUGUGACGCUGCUCCUGAUGUGAAUGUGAUUAUUCACUACAAGACGAGCUAACACCGAACUACAGCAGGCACCGCAGAACUGCACAAGAAGAUGUCUUCUGAGCUCUACACUGUGAGUGGACCAGGUGGGAAUAAUGCAAGUCUUCAAGGCACCACAGUGGGGGGCAGCAAACCUUUACACCGCUUCAUUAGGGGGCAACCCAAGAUUAUUGGAAUCAUCGUGCUGGUCUUGGGCUCAUCUUUCUUCAUCCUUUCCGUCUCAUUCAAAGGAGAUUUCUCUUAUCAUCAUAUAUGGACAAUCAUUCCACCUGGAUUCCUCCUGGGAACACUGCACAUCUUGUGUGGGAUUCUAUACAUUCUGACAGAGCACAACCCAACCAAGAAAACAGUGACCAUGUCCUUGGCUCUGAGUAUUGUCACUGUGCUAGCAGCAUUUUGGACUAUACUGCACAUCCUGCCCAGCUUUAUGCACGGCCACUACUACAGGCACUAUGACUACCUUGAAGACAAUAUGACAGACAGGAGGAAGCAUGAGGAAGCAGCAUGGACAUCAUAUUAUGAGGACAUGGGAGUAACUAUGGAAGCCAUCUUCGUGUUCUACAGUUUUGUUAGUGUAAUUAUUUUCAUUGUAAUGUCAAUUCUGGCUGGGGCUGCCCUGCGUUCCACUAAGAGCCAGGCCAUUAUAGUGAUGUCUACUACACGGACUGAAACACCAGCUGAAUAAUGACCACAAGAAGAAGGGUUGAAGUGUGAUAAGCAGAGAAAAGAAAUUCAAAGCUUACAAAGACAGCAAAGUAUUUGUCUUUUAGGGCACGACAGGAUUUCUAAAUAUAAAUUCUUACUAGCAUGUUGUAGUUAUUGUAUACAUUUGCGAUACUCAAAGAUUGUAGGUAUCUAUGUAUAAUAUGUAUUGCCUCGUGGUGUUUCUGUGAUCUGUUACCUCUUCCACCACUAUGUGUGCACUAUACCUCCUUCUUUUGGACAUUUGCAACCAAACUCAACAGGAUGGUGGCAUCAAGCUUUCUUCUUCACUACUACUAGAUAAUCUGCAGCAUCUGGUGUUGACAGGAGAAAUAUCUGGAUGAAGCCAGAGUCCUUCUCAGAACCAAGACAAUUACAAUCUACAGCUAUGGUGGCAGCUCUGUGAGGGUGUAAUUGGGCACAGCAGUGCUUUAAGCUAAAUGCUAAUGAUGGUAUGACAACAUGCCCACAAUGACAAUGCUAACAUGCUGAUGUUUAGCAUAUUAAACACAAAGUACAGCUGAGGAUGACAGGAAUGUCUUUAGUCUUGAAGGUAUAUAGUCACAAACCAAUGUACUAUGACAUAUUUCAUAUUAAUCCAUCCAAUAGUUGUCAGAUCAUUUCACUCAAAACUACAAAUGUUAACCUCAAGGGAUCCCUACCAAGGGAUCACCACAGUAGGUAGAAUAAAAAGAUCACUUACUAAUGCUUGAUAGAUCAGUUAUAAGCUAUUCACAAGAAAACCUUUUAGGUCGAGAGGCUGGCUAGUAUUUAUUAAAUGCUUUGUCUUUUUUUGUUUUAGCUUUAAUUCACUGGAAAGACCACUCAAGUGGACUGUUUGACCAGACUGCCUAUAUCCCCAAUUUUUUUCAGUAAUCCCAAUUGUGUAUUUGAGUAAUAAAGUGACUUGAAAUAAAAAAAUUGCAAUUGCCAGAAACUCAUGAUCCUUUGUUAGUUCUCACCAUGUUUAUACUAUCUGAAGAGGUGAACUCAGAAUAACGUGAUCCUUUUCCACCUCCCUGUCCCUAACAGAAGACAUUUGGCAUAGACGAGACAGGACAUGCACAGAAUGUCAUUGCUGCUCUUGACACUUUUUUUUUACAAGCAUCCUGAUCUCACGGAAAUACGUGAAAUGACCACAACCUCUUAACACCACACAUUACGUGGUGAUGGCGUGUAAUGUGUUAAAAUUACAUGGCAGUACCAAGGAAAAAAUGCCAAUGGUAAAUCAAAUAGGAUACUUUGUCAUGGUACACCGUUCAUUGUAUAUAAGGAUAAAUAUUUAUAUACAAUCAAUAUGAUAUAUCA